UUCUCUCCUCGUCCAAAGACUCCAAGCUUCUGUGACCUCUGUUCUGCUGCCGCCUCUGGUCCACAUCUCUCUACGCCGCCGCCCCGCCGUCCACCGAUACCGCAGCGCUGGGAAGGAUCACGGGGGAGCGGAGCGAGGCGGGGGACCCGCGGUUUUGUCGCCCGGAUGGCGGCGGAGCGAUGACACUGGCGGCGGGUGCGGCGCGGCGUUGGGAUGCGGACGAUCUGCGAUGUGUGCGAGAGCGCACCGGCGGUGCUCUUCUGUGCGGCCGACGAGGCUGCGCUUUGCCGGCCUUGCGACGAGAAGGUACACAUGUGCAACAAGCUUGCUAGUCGGCAUGUGAGAGUUGGGCUUGCAGACCCUAAUAAACUGGCACGUUGUGAUAUAUGCGAGAAUUCACCUGCUUUCUUCUACUGUGAGAUAGAUGGCACCUCACUUUGCCUGAGCUGUGAUAUGACUGUUCAUGUUGGUGGCAAAAGAACCCAUGGUAGAUACCUGCUCCUAAGGCAAAGGGUUGAAUUUCCAGGAGAUAAACCGGGCCAUAUGGAUGACGUGCCUAUGGAGAUCAAAGAUCCUGAAAACCAGAGAGAGCAAAACACGCCCAAGGAGCAAAUGGCAAACCACCAUAACGUCAAUGAUCCAGUCUCUGAUGGCAAUUGCGAUGGCCAGGGUAACAUUGAUUCGAAAAUGAUCGAUCUUAAUAUGCGCCCGGCUCGUACUCAUGGGCAAGGAUCAAAUUCCCAGACUCAGGGGGUGGAUCUUAGUGUGAACAACCAUGACUCUCCAGGGGUGGUGCCAACAAGUAAUUCCGAAAGAGACGCCAUCAAGUAAACAUUGGAAGAUUGGAAUGUACAUUUCAACUACAUAUUCUGUUCUAUAGGAGCUCCUGGGGGCAGAAAUGGGGUUAUUCAGUGGUCUCUCUGUUAUCACUAGUAAGCGUAUUUCUGGCAGAGUUGGAGCUAAUAACUGCAUCUCAAUUCGGCUUGUCGUGCCCUAGACGGUAUUGCUGUCCAAUUGCAUUCUCUUUGCGAUUGUUAGAACUCUGUAUAGAAGCGCAGCGGCUGCCGCCUGUGCUCUGGAGCCGGAGUAUUGUGUGCCAUUAGAAACUGUACAAAAGAUUAAUAGACCGCUCAUUUUUCUCUGGU